AUGCAAGUGGUGGACCAGCUUUGCACUGAGUUUGAGCGUGAGGUGAGCCAAAUGACACAGGACAUCGUGCGGUACCGUGGUGAGCUGGCGCGCUGUGCAGACCUGUUGGCCUACCAGCUGGGGAAGGAGAAGCAGUAUCACAACAUGCUCGCAGCUUGCAAAUCUCAGCGUGGUUGCUAUGGUGAGAGGAAAACAUUGCGGGGAAUUCCUCCACCCUCGUGGGGAAGGCUGCGGAGGUGGGGCAGAAGCACUCAGCCAAUGAGAAUGUGA